CCCUGGCCAAAUUCCCUCCCUCCCUUCUGGUUGCUUUCUUCUCUCUCCUCGAUGAGGCGUGGACGUUGCUGGAUCUUGACCAGAGAGCUCUGCAUAAGGAAGUCGAGGAGGAGAAUCGUGGGAUCAUGGACCAUCUUGAUGGUGCGACACAGAGUAGUGAGAAAUUGUAUCAGUGCUUGGAAUGUGGAAAGAGCUUCAGUCAAAGCGCACAUCUCACUUCCCAUCAACGAAUUCAUACAGGGGAGAAACCCUAUCAGUGUUUGGAAUGUGGAAAGAGCUUCAGUCAGAGCAACAGUCUCACUUCCCAUCAAAGAAUUCAUACAGGGGAGAAACCCUAUAAAUGCCUAGAAUGUGGGAAAAGCUUCAGUCACAGGCAGAGUCUCACUUCGCAUCAAAGAAUUCAUACAGGGGAGAAACCCUAUCAGUGCUUGGAAUGUGGAAAGGGGUUCCGGCAGGUGACUAUGCUCUCUUCCCAUCAAAGAAUUCAUACAGGGGAGAAACCCUAUCAGUGCCUGGAAUGUGGAAAGAGCUUUCGUCAGAGAGGUGAUCUCACAACCCAUCGAAGAACUCAUACAGGUCAGAAACCAUAUCAGUGCUUCGAAUGUGGGAAGAGCUUCAGUCAAAGCUCAAAUCUCAAGACCCAUCAAAGAAUUCAUAAAGAGGAGAAACCCUAUCAGUGCUUGGAAUGUGGGAUGAGGUUCAAUCGAACGGAUAGUCUCAGUGCCCAUCAAAGAACUCAUACAGGUCAGAAACCAUAUCAGUGCUUCGAAUGUGGGAAGAGCUUCAGUCAAAGCUCGAUUCUCAAGACCCAUCAAAUAAUUCAUAAAGGGGAGAAACCUUAUCAAUGCCUGGAAUGUGGGAAGAGAUUCGGACGAAAGGAUGGUCUCACUUCGCAUCAAAGAAUUCAUACAGGAACGAAACUCUAUCAGUGCUUUGAAUGUGGAAAGAGCUUCGGGGAGGGGGCUAAACUCUCUUCACAUCAAAGAAUUCAUACAGGUGAGAAACCAUGUCAGUGUUUGGAAUGUGGAAAGAGCUUCAGUUCCAGGAAGAGUCUCACUUCGCACCAAAGAAUUCAUACAGGGGAGAAACCCUAUCAGUGCCUGGAAUGUGGAAAGAGCUUUCGUCAGAGAGGUGAUCUCACAACCCAUCAAAGAAUUCAUACAGGGGAGAAACCAUAUCAGUGCUUAGAAUGUGGAAAGAGCUUUAGUCUGAAGUCUCGUCUUACUUCCCAUCAAAGAAUUCAUACAGGGGAGAAACCCUAUAAAUGCCUAGAAUGUGGAAAGAGUUUUAGGCACAGUCUCACUACCCAUCAAAGAAUUCAUACAGGGGACAAACCCUAUCAGUGCUUAGAAUGUGGAAAGAGCUUCAGUCGGAAGAAUCGUCUCACUACCCAUCAAAGAAUUCAUACAGAGGGAAGACCAAGAAAUAAAAGUAAUAAAGCAAAAAUUAUUAAACAACCCAUACAAAACACAGUUGUAUGGGAACGAGAAAGGGGCGGGGGGAAAUAACUAAAAAUACUCUUUAUCACGUUUGUAUCAUAUAACAAUAGAAUGGGAAACACCAGUGAUCUGUUCAAGAAAAUUGGAGAUUUGAAAGGAACAUUUUAGUGCAAAGAUUGCCAUAAUAUAGGACAAAAGUGGUAAGGACCUACAGUGAGGGGGGAAAGUAUUUGAUCCCCUGCUAAAUUUGCCUGUUUGCCUCUGAAGAAAUGACGAGUCCAUAAUUUUAAUGGUAGGUUUAUUGUAGCUGUGACAGACAGAAUAACAACAGGAAUAAUCCCAGAAACCCAGAAGACAAAAGUCAGAGGUUGAUGUGUAUUAUAAAGAGUGAAAUAAGUAUUUGAUCCCUUUGCAAAAGAUGACUUAGUACUUGUUGGCAAUAACAGAGGUCAUACGUUUCUUGUAGGUGGUCACCAGGUUUGCACACAUCUCAGGAGGUAUUUUUUCCCACUCCUCUUUGCGUAUCCUCUCUAAGUAAGUAAGAUUUCGAGGCUGAUGUGUAGCUACCCAAACUAUGCCCCCCUCUAUGUUUUCCGGCGGGGGGGGGUAUUCUUGGGGUCGUAGGCAGCAUUCCUCCUCCUCCAAACACGGCGAAUUGAGUUGAUGCCAAAGAGCUCGGUUUUGGUCUCAUCCGACCACAACUCACUCACUCUUUCUUUCAAAUCAUUUUUAUUCACUUUGUCAUGUAUAACAAACCAAACCUAAC